AUGCGCAUCAACUUCAGUUCAGCUGCCCUGGCAGCACUGUCAUUGGCAGCAACUGUGACAGCCGCCCCAGCAGAACUUGUCAAGCGGCAAUCCACAGUCAAGAUCAUGGCUCUAGGUGACUCUAUAACGGGCAGCCCAGGAUGUUGGCGCGCCUAUCUCUGGCAGAAACUACAACAAGCCGGCAUCAAGAACACCGACUUCGUUGGGACAUUGGCCGGACAAGGCUGCGGCUUCCCAUACGACGGCGAGAACGAGGGACACGGCGGCUUCCUCGCCGUGAACAUCGCAAACCAAAACCAACUCCCCGGCUGGCUCUCGUCCACCAAGCCCGACAUAGUCAUAAUGCACCUGGGCACAAACGACGUGUGGAACAACCGGCCCCCCGCACAAAUCACCACAGCCUUCAGCAAGCUCGUCGACCAGAUGCGCGCGUCAAAGGCGUCUAUGAAGAUCCUCGUCGCGAAGAUUAUUCCCAUGAAGCCUUCCAACUGUGCAGAGUGUGGCGCGCGCGUCGUGGCGUUGAACAGCGCGAUUGGGACGUGGGCGGCGGCGAAGAAUACGUCGAGUAGUACUAUUACGGUUGUGGAUGCGUGGACGGGGUUUGAUACGGUGAGUAUGACGGGUGAUGGCGUGCAUCCGAAUGAUGCUGGGAAUAGGAAGUUGGCGGAUACUUGGUUUCAGCCGUUGGCGAGUGCUAUUCGAGGGCUGAAAAUUUAG